GUGAGCACGUGGACGCCUCUGUAUAUACCUGCGUCACAACAAGAUAGCACAAAAUGACACUGUUUAAACGGUUGAAAGUUUGACCCGGAGCUUUGAUCGGCUGUGUUGCGUCUGGUUGUUCAUUCAGUGUGAAUUAGAGGAGUGUUUCCUGACGUAUCGUGCGACGCGGGUCGCAGUAGCGACACGAGUGACAAGUGACAGUGUGAUGGACGCGGGGUGCCCUUGACUCCCGCCCGGGCCUCGCGCCUCAUGCUCAGCUGCGGCUCGACGCCGGGCGGGGGUAGCGAGCCCCCGCCCUCGUGGUCAGCGUGAGUGCUCACGUAGGACCGCUCACCACGGGGGAUCACGCUGCCCUGGGGUCGUCAGGGGGCACUUCCAUCGCCUUGCCCCGCCCCCCCUCGCAGCCCGCCCCCGACUCGCCCCUCCUGCUAGGGGCGCCCCUCAAGCCCUCCACCCCGCGGUCCCGCUCCCUUCCGGGCCUGCCGCCCAGUCCGCGCGGCAUCCUCCCGUCGCCGCUCCGACGCCCGCGGUCCCUUAGCAGCGUCCCUGCAGUGCUCCCGCCGCCCACCGCCCACGGGCACGUCGUUCCGCCGAUCGACCCCCGCCAGGUCAGCGGGAAACCUUCAGCCACGGCCGCGUCUCUGACGAGGGCGCCCUCAGGCCAGCACAGGUCCCAGGGCGGCCUGGGGCGCGAGGAGGGCGGGAUGUGGAAGAUGGUGUGUGGGGCGCCCCACUGGGACGCUUCAACCAAGAAGAUGUGGAGUCCGGGGCCGCCCGUCCCGCGCGAGCCCGUGAAGCUGCCUUUCCUCGAGGUCACGCCUACCACAGUCCUGCAGAGGAUCCGGGACCGCAGCGCCGACGCCCACAGUGACGAGGAUGACCGCAGCUUGGCACUUUGGACCACCGACCCCCUUGACCUGAGCCGCACAGCUCCAAAUGACCUUGGUGGCUAUAGGGGGGUGUACCUCGGCAAGCUACGCCAGGGAUCAUCCUACAGCAGAGGAAUCAGCGUUGAAAAAGGCUACACUCUCCUGCCCAACAAGUAUGCCACCGAGGGCCUGGGGAGUGCCAGACGGGACCGGCCGGGGAGUCGGUCGCCGGGCCUCGUGUCCCCGACGCUGCCCAGGAGAAUCAACGCCCUGGCGCCGCUGGAACCAGGCGACGGACUAGUGAUGUCAAGAGCCGGUUCAACGCGCAAUGUCAUCCCGCCGCUGUCAGCCGUGUCAAGACGUUCCAUAAGACAGCGGAGCAGGGAUGAAGACGUCGUUUCUGACCCCGAGGAAGACGAAGACGAGGACGACGAGAGGUCAGAGUACGACUCAGAGGACGACGACGAAGAGAUCGAAGAAGAGGAAGUGGAGGAGGUUCUGGCGGAGGAAGGGCGGUCGUCGAGGCCCAAGAGCUCGGCCACGACACGUGACAGCGGCAUUUCGCUUUUCUCGGUCUCGAACGACGGGGAACUACUCGCAGAAAACGGGAGCGUUCGGGACGAAACGAGGCAACAGGAAGUGACGUCACGCGCUUCGAGCAGACUAGUGCAACCCACGGGCGCUUCCCCCACCUCCUCAAUCCCCUCCGCCAAUGGACGGAACUCCUACGAACCGGCUCCCACGCGGAUCCGUAAAGCUGGCGACGUGAAAUCCCCUUCGUCCCACUCGCUUCCCAACGACACUUUCCGCUCCAAUGGCUUCGGCGUCGUCGGCAAAGGUUACAACAGCCGCUCUCGAAACAACACAGGCGAGAGAGACUUCAGGAGUUUUGACUACGAGAGCGACUUCGAAACAGAUGAGGAUGACCCCCACAACAUCACGCUCUCGAACGCCACGCUCACCAAGAUGAAACUCCUGAAGAAGAAGCGGGAAAACCAGCGGGAGAUCGACAGGCGCCGCGCUGAGAGGGACACCAAGAGGACGCAGGAGGAGAGGACGAGGAAGUACCGGGAGCUCGAGUUGCAGCACAGUGGGAAUUCUCUGCAGCCGUCGAGGGCGAGCAGUGGCGAUGCGGAGCUUGCCGUCCGCCCCAACCUCAGCUACAAGGGGAAGAGAAGCCCCCGCCCCAGCCCCCGCCCCAGCCCUCGUCCCAGCCCCCGCCCCAGUCCCCGCCCCAGUCCCCGCCACAGCCCCGAGCCGAGUCCUCGCCACACCUCCCGGAUGCCCAAGUCCAAGAGCCACACCGGCAGCCUCAACCGGACGCAGGGCAGGGAGGCGCUUGCCGAGAAGCGCCACCGCUCCCUCGAGAGAGUCGCGCCGCAGAGCAACGGGGUCGCCAGCAAUGCCUACAGGACGCCCCAACUCGUCCGUCGGGGCCAGCCGCCUGUGAACUCCGGGAGCAGCCUCAGCAAUAGUUUCGGCACCACACGUCGCACCCCACGUCGGCCGCCGGUUCGAGUCGUUACCAAGGCCGAGGUACCGGAGGCGUCCAGCGUUAACGUCCCACCGGGUUACAAAGCGCGCAAACCUGUUCCUUCAGAUAAACCGAGUCCUGUCGGUUCCCAGCGGCCUCGACUCAAACACCAUUUAGCGGCUCAAUUUAGCACAGAAUCGACAAGGCUAGUUCAGUGGGUGUUCCUGAGGGUUGCCGAAGCUGAUACAAAGAAAAAAAAAAAGAAAGCUCACGACUGUUCGACGAAAUCAGGCUUACAGCAAUAA